AUGACCCCUCGGUCUUCCAAACACCACCAACAAUCAAAGACGUCCACCAUCUCACGAAGAUUUAGAAACCGUGCCGACCAGGCCAUCUCUUCCCGACCACCUGAAAUUCCACAGUUAAGGGGUGUUCGUUCGCGCCGUGCCGCAACGCUUCCUGCGCCCCGCCACAAUCCUGUCGAUAAUCAAACACCGGAACCGCAUCCUUCUUCGCUAGCCUGGGAUGCUCCAGACGUUCUUGAAAACUCCCCUCGCAACACUUCCAAUCGAGCCGUCGAAGAGAAUCCGCCUUGCAACCUUCUCCUUUCGCAAAGUCUUGAUUUUCCUUCUUACGAGUCUCCUCAAGGGCUACGCUCGGAGCUCUUACCCAACACUGACGACACCGCGACUCGCAACUAUCAACUUCAGCCGACACCAAGACGGAGCACUCUCUCCUCAUCAUUGCCUUCGGUAUCUAGUAGCCACGAUUUUGAGCUGCGGCUAUCAACAGACCCAGAGCAACCGCAUGAUCCAUUUCUCGAAUUGCAAGAUAUGAGCGCUUUAGAUUUCAUGAUGCCCCCUUCGCAGUACGGUAUGAACCACUACGGCUCCCCAGCUGCAUCUUAUUCGCCAAGCUACCCGCCACAGCAAUCGUAUGCAGACCCAAGGUCCUCAGCUUCAGGUCCUUAUAACUCGUCCUAUGCUUCUAGUUCAGCAAUGCCAAAUGAGAUCCAACAGAGGAGACCAGACGAGCACACUGUAUUACCACCUUACCAGAGUCAAACUCAACCGCUUCCUCGAAGUCCAUACCAACAGCAGCAGCCUUUGAACACAAUGCGCGGGGGGUCUACUCUUCUCACUUCUGCUGCACAUACCUACUCAUACUCAGCACCAAAUCAACCAUUAGGUAGCAACUCCGCAACAUAUCCACCUCAACCUUUGUACCCUCCAGCUAGUUACGGUAUGGGCGAAUACCAACCGCUACCCACAAUGUAUCCGCCAUCUUCAACGACACCUGCUGCAUAUCCUGCCUACGGAUCUUCGCAUGACAUUCCUCAGCCACCAGCUAGUAGCGUUCCUGCGCUCGCUUCCUCUCCAGGCACUCAAAACAACACGGCAAUGCCACGCAUACUGACAUCUCGACCGAAACCGCAGUGUUGGGAGCAUGGAUGUAAUGGGCGACAGUUCUCCACGUUUAGUAAUCUCUUGCGACACCAGCGCGAAAAAUCUGGCACAGCGUCAAAGAGUUACUGUCCGAGGUGUGGAGCGGAGUUCACGCGUACUACUGCGAGGAAUGGCCACAUGGCACACGACAAAUGCAAACCACGGAGAGCAUCAGAGUCGAGUCAUUGA